CACUGAACCACCACCAAGUGACGUGCGAGCUUCACACACUUUUGGAGCUGUCCAACUCCACGACAAGCUCAAAGCACCACACCCCCAUCACCAUGCGCCUUACGACGCUGCUUCUCGCAGCUACGUCGCUAGUCGGCGCUGUGUUCGUCGACGAGGUUGGCGACAUCGACUACCACCACGAGCUCAUCGGCGUCCCCCAGGUCGAGACCACCCUAUUCCACAAGCCUCGGCGCGACGAUAAGGCUUCACUACUCUACACCCUCAGCGAUGUUGGCGUUCUCGGAGCCGUCAAUCCCAGCAACGGCGCGGUCGUCUGGCGUCAAUUCCUGACGGGCAAUAUCACGAAUGGAGGCGGACACUUGCGAGCGGCCGAGGACGAGGAUUGGGUUGUGUCUGCGUACGGAAGCUCAGUGCAUGCCUGGAACGCCUUGUCCGGCAGGAACGCCUGGUGGAUCGACUUCGUGGGCACCAUUAAGGAUCUGGAAGUCAUGGAGAUGACAGAAAACGGACGCAAGGAUGUGCUGGCGCUUUUCGAAGAGGAGGAUGGCUCUACCGUCCUGCGAAGACUCAACGGUGCUGACGGAACUGUGGUGUGGGAGAACAAGGAUGCGUCCAAGACUAUCCCGCUCCAGGUAUCCAACAAUAUCGAGAAGAUCUUUGUUGUCAGCCUUUACGGAAACGACGGUAUGUGGGCCGUGAGGGUGUCUGUCCACGACACUCUCACUGGAAAGCGCAUCGACGACAUCAGCCUCGGCAGCAAAGGCGACGUUACGGAUAAAAGAGACGUCAUGUUCGUAGGCGCCAACUCCGCGUCUCCCAUCGUCGCCUGGCUCGAUAGCGAUCACACGAAGCUCAAGGUCAACGUUCUGGGCACCAAGUCGAAGCAGGAGUUUGCCCUCCCGUUCCCCAGGACCCUCGAUGUAGCUAUCCAUGCCCCGCAUCACCUCAACGCGGAGCCGCAUUUCUUGGUGCACAGCAGAUCCUCCGACAGCCACAAGGGCGAGGUCUACCACGUCAAUAUCAAGAACAAUGCUGUCACCAAGCACCACGAGCUGCCGGUGCUCCCUGGACUGGGCGCGUUCUCGACUAGCUCGGAGGGCGCCAACGUGUGGUUCACGCGCAUCACCGAGGAGGAGGUUAUCCUUACCUCGUCAAGCUCACAUGCCAUCCUCGGAAAAUGGGCCUUCAAGGAAGGAGAGAUUCGCAUCUCUUCACGCCGUAUCCGAGGUUAUCAAGAAGGCUGCGGACAACUUUGCUGUCCGCUGCGCCGCUACCCUCGAAGCCGAGGGCACGACAACGUCCUGUCUGCUUACAUCCACCGUGUCCAACGUCACUUUGAUGAUCUCGCCUAUCUGCCCGACUACCUUGCCUCGAUCCCCCAGCGUCUGGUCAGCAGCAUCACCGGAGCUGAGAUUACCUCAAAGACAGAGGGUCUUUCUCGCGAUGCUUUUGGUUUCAAUAAGAUCGUGGUUCUGGUGACCAAACGCGGCAAGCUUUUCGGUAUUGAUAUCGGCAAGCAUGGCAAAGUCAUCUGGAAACUUCACGCUGUCGACAUCGCCCCUUGCAACACCUGGGAUAUCAAGGGCAUCUUCGUUGAGGAUGCCAAGUCCACCGUCACUGUUCGAGGCCACUUUGGCGAUUACGUUAUAGCCAAGACAGACACUGGCAAGAUGGUUGACUCCAUGCCUGAAGGCUCCUGGGUGCAAACUCAAGCUGCCGUCAUUGUCGAUAGCCCUUCAGGACCAUGGCUCGCCCCGGUUGGAGUUGGAGGUGCCAUCGGCGACGUCCCUGCUGCAUGGAUACCCACACAGACUGUCGUCGUUCGUGGCUUGAAGGGCGAGCUGAAGGGCUUAACCUACAUCGAGGAGGAAGGCACAGGCAAGGAACAGGUUGCUUGGGAGUUCUCUGCGCCAGCGGGCUUUGAGAUCGUCAACAUCGCAACCCGUCCCGUCCACGAUCCCAUUGCUUCCAUCGGACGUGUUCUCGGCGACAGACGCGUCAAGUACAAGUACCUGAACCCCAACACCAUUGUCGUUUCUGCCUACAGCAACGCCAAGUCUUCUCUCAACGUCUACCUGAUCGACUCGGUCUCAGGCGCUGUCCUCCACUCCACUGCUCAUGAGGGAGUUGACGGCAACAAGAACAUCGAGUGCACACUCGCUGAGAACUGGUUCGCCUGCUCGUUCUUCGGACAGUACUCUCUCAAGGAUGAUGCUGGUCAGCCUCUCUCUGGACAAACCCUGAAGGGCAACCAGAUCGUGGUCUCCGACUUGUACGAGAGCGAGUACGCCGAUGAUCGAGGCCCGCUUGGUGACGCUGCCAACUUCUCCUCUACCGAGCCUCUUGAUCUUGUCUGCCCUCUGGCCGCUCUUGCUGUCACGCAGACCCGCCAGGGCAUCACCAGCCGCCACGUUCUAGGCUACCUGCCAGAGUCUCACGCCAUUGUCAGUCUUCCCCGCCAGCUCCUUGAGCCAAGACGUCCAGUCGGACGUGACCCGACACCCGCGGAGAUGGAGGCGGAGGGCUUGAUCAGGUACCACCCCGCCAUUGAGAUCGACCCCAGACAAGUUAUUACCCACCAGCGCGACGUCAUUGGCGUGCAGAAGAUCAUUACCUCGCCUACCAUUGUGGAGAGCACCAGCUUGGUCUUCUCCUACGGCGUCGACGUCUUUGGAAGCCGUGUCGCGCCUAGCUUUGCGUUUGACAUCCUCGGCAAGGGCUUCAACAAGAUUAGCCUGAUUUCGACUGUCCUUGCGCUCACUGUUGGUGUUGCCGUGUUGGGGCCCAUUGUUCGCAAGAAGCAGACCAACUUGCGUUGGGCGUAGAUAAAAGUAUUGUAUGAUAUCAUGAUAUAAUAGAGUCGUUUGAGUUUGUGCAAUGAUGUCCCUGCAUGUGUCCUU